AUGGUAUGGUGUUUCUUCACAGGGGACACUUGCUGCUUUCCAUUUAGUUUGGGUGGCGUUAGAAAAUUUCUUGAAUCUGAAAUUGGUGUCUACGUGAAGUCUGUGGAAAUUGGCAACUCCAUUGCUGAAGAUUUUAAAAGUGGCUAUUUGGUUCACCCCAAUCAACAGAUAGAAAUGGUUUGUGCCGAGUUGAGCAAGGAUGCGAAGCUAAACAAUGGAUUUAAUGCUAUAGGAUUUUCUCAGGGAGGCCAAUUCCUACGUGGGCUUGUGCAAAGAUGUUCAACUUUACGAGUCAUGAAUUUGAUUACUUUGGGUGGCCAGCAUCAAGGCGUGUUCGGGUUGCCAAAUUGUCCGUCGUUAAGUAGCCGAACAUGUGAGCGUUUCCGACAAUUUUUAAACUAUGCCGCAUAUACAGAGUUGAUGCAAAAGUUUCUCGUUCAAGCCACGUAUUGGCAUGAUCCGCUAAAUGAAGCAAUAUAUAAAAACUCGAGCACGUUUUUAGCCAAUAUUAAUAACGAACUAUUUAUCAACGAAAGUUAUGUAGCAAAUCUGCAAAACCUAAGCUACUUUAUCAUGGUUCAGUUUAACAAGGAUACUAUCGUGCAACCAUUAGAAUCGCAAUGGUUUGGUUAUUAUAAACCAGGACAGGAUAAAGAAACACAGGGGCUUAAGGAAUCUGAACUAUUUAUCGAGGAUCGACUAGGUUUGAAAAAGAUGGAUGAGGAAAACAAAUUGGUUUUUCUUGAGUGCGAGGGAAAUCAUCUACAGUUCACAAAGGAAUGGUUCCGGGAAAAUUUAUUUCGUUAUUUAAUGUAGAUGA